AAAUUGCGCGUGCGCUUCUUUUUUGUUGUCAAUUUAAUUUUCAGCGAACACACAUGCGAAGAUCAGCGAAGAACACAUUUCUACCAAAGUGACAUUGAUUUAUAUCUUGUAAAGCUUCUGAAGGAGACUCAUUCACCAUGGGUAGACGUCGUGCUAAGAAGAAGCCUCCCCAGAAGAAGAAGAUGCUUGGAACACUGGAGACUCAAUUCACAUGCCCAUUCUGUAACCAUGAAAAAUCCUGUGAUGUUAAAAUGGAUCGAACUCGGAACGUUGGAGUGAUAUCAUGUCGUGUUUGUUUAGAAGAUUUCCAGACAAGUAUUACCUACCUAUCUGAACCUGUGGAUGUAUACAGCGACUGGAUAGAUGCAUGUGAACAAGCGAAUGCCUAGCGAACGUGACGUCACCCCCAACCCCUCCCCACGGCCAUACCUCACAUACUUGUACCUCAGUUCCCCCGGCCCAUAUUGUGGACACUUUCUAACAUGUCUCUGAUCGUACAUGUACCUGAUUUUCUUACAAUUGGGAAAGUGUAAAUCUUCACAAUCUACCGUGCAAAUACAUAGCGGACAUACUUGUGAACCCAUAUAUUCAUGAGAGAAUAGGCCUACUUUGAUUUGUGGACUGAACAUCAAUUCAAUUAAAAAGUUUGAUCAAGUUAUAAUGUGGAAUGGCUUAUUCACAGGGUAAGAAAUGGAAAUGUCAAAGGUGAAUUAGAACUCCUGGGGAUGCAAUCUAAAGCCAUGAAAAAUGAAGUUUUUUUUAAAAUAAUUUUUUACUAUUGUUUAUUUUAUUUUAUGUAAGCUAGUUCAUUAUACUAGGGAAAUUGGACAUAAAGUGACAAUAUACAUAAGAAGAUGAAUACUAUGACAUAAUUUUUAAUUUCUGUAGGAAGAUGAACUGUGAAGAUAUGACCUUUAUGAAAUUUCAAGUUUGCAUACUCAUAUCAUGUACAUGUAGAACAUUAUUUGAUCAUGGACUGUAUUUUCAUUGAGCUAUAUGUAUUCAUUGCCUGGGCUCUGUUGCAUAAGCCCAAAGUAAUCACUAAAUUCAGGAGGCUUAAGUUGUAAAAGAUAUGGAUUAAUUUGGUAUUACAUCAGUAUUACUGGACCAAGACUUAUAAACUAUUUCUGUGCAUCCUUUCCAAUCCCUACUUCAUAGUAAUGAAUAAUCAUAUUCUUUUAUUAAAGGAAGGGUAUUUUACUGACAUCGUCGCUACCACUGCUGUAAUGUAUUUUCAAUUGCCCUAUCUUUUAGUGAAGAUGUUCAUAGAGUGAUUUCCGGUUUCUAUACCCAAGCAUCAUCAUGCGCGUGUCAUCAGUUGAUGAUGCAUUGUGGGACGUGGUUGUUGACACAUGGGGACAUUGUGAGCAGCAGAUGGCAGUAUACAUAAAUCCAAAGUAGUGUCAGUAGAAUACCUUGCCUUUUUUUAAGUGCCAUUCUGCAACACUUUGUCUGCUAUGGAUGGAAAUCCUAUACUAUAAUUGUUUCGACAUAUUUUGUACCAUCACAUCGUACCUGUGGCAAAAGUCGACCGUAGCAGUCCAAUAUUUGUUUCAUUAGCCGACCAAGACGAGUAAAAAGUUUACUUUGUGAUUGACCUUUUUCAUUGUCCUUUUUUUGUGGGGGUGACCUUUCUAUUUGUGUAAGUGCUUGUCAACUAUCAAGAGUUCAAAUUUUGUUAUUCUUAAUUUGUACUAUUUUAACAGUCAACAUUCAUGUACAGGUUGCGUUUCAAUGCAGUUGAAGUUGAAAAGAUUUAAUUUCUUAAUAUGAUUGUGCCCUGUAAAUGUAUUUCAUUGGUACUUGUGAAUAAUUUAUCAUGCAACCAAAAUUGAUGAAGAAAUGACGGAUGUCACAAAUCAAUUGCCAAGAUUCAUCUUUUUGUUCAGACGAUCUCUUACAAAAGUAAGCUUCCAAUUUCUGGGUAGUUAUAAAGGAAGUUUGAGAAAAUUGAAGGAAUUGCAAUAUUGCUCUCACGGACUUAUAACAAAAGAAAACAGUUUCUCUUUGCAGGGCGUCAUUUAAAGGUGAAUUGUUUUUAAAGGCUGCACAUGUGUAAAUAUGUAAAUAUUCUAUUUUAAGUACGAUCGUUUAUUCUCUUUAAUGAGAUAUUGUUUCUCAACCAUAUUUAAUUUGUUUCUAGAGAACAUGUAUGUGGGAAUAUGAUCCUCAUAAUUCAUAUAUUUUCUUCAAUGAAAAAAAUCUUGAAAGUGUAAAUUUAUCUUAAAUUCAAUGAGUAUUGAUGUUCAUUUUAAUAAUUUUCUUUGGUUACAUGCACAGAUGGUGAUAGUCUGCUUGCAAGCAUAAUUUCAGACAAAUGCUUUGCUUACGAGCUGUCAGGAAAAGCAUAUUUUGUUUUUGUUAUCUCUUUAUUGAACUCAAACAUCAUUAAAAUCAGUGAGAAAUAAUUAAAUGUA